GAUUGGCUUUAGUAUCUAUGUAUCUAUAUAUAUAUAUAUAUAUCACUUCCACUGCUUUAGCUUGAACAGAAGACAUAAACAAACUUACCACAAAACUUUCUUCUUCCCUCCGUUUCUUGUUUUAUCAAUGAGUAGUACAACAACUCAAGUUGAUACAAACAGGUUGAGCAAUUCUAGUGAAGAUGAGUUUGAGCUAAGAAGAGGACCAUGGACUCUCGAAGAAGACACACUUCUUGCCCAAUACAUUGCACUUCACGGUGAGGGUCGUUGGAAUUUGUUAGCCAAAUGUGCAGGACUAAGGAGAACCGGGAAAAGUUGCAGAUUGAGAUGGCUGAAUUAUCUAAAACCAGACAUCAAACGCGGAAACCUUACCCUACAAGAACAGCUUCUAAUCCUUGAACUCCAUACCAAGUGGGGUAACAGGUGGUCAAAAAUUGCACAACAUCUACCGGGAAGAACUGACAAUGAAAUCAAGAACUACUGGAGAACGAGGGUGCAGAAACAGGCGCGGCAACUCAAGAUUGAUUCGAACAGCAAGAGGUUCCUCGAAGCGAUUCGGUGUUUUUGGAUGCCUAGAUUGAUUGAGAAGAUGGAGCAAGCUUCAACAUCAUCACCAUCUUCUUCUUCCACUACUUCAACCAUAGAAACUCAAUAUUGUGCAAUUACUUCUUUACCACCCGACCUACAGCCCCCCUUGGCAUCAGCUUCUGUCCAACCAAACACACAGUUGGACAGUUUCGACCAUUCCAAUGAAAAUUCAAGUCCAAUGACCAACACAUCAUGCCUUUAUUCAUCACAUAACAUGAGAAUGCCAGAAUUGGCUGAAAUAUUGGAACACCAAACUUACCCUGCUCAUGCCUUUGCCAACACUGCCAACAACAACAAUUCACUUCUAAGUGAUUGUUACUAUGACAUGGAGGGUCCCAACCUGCCUGCCACAUCAGCUGUCGGGACCUAUGACACUCAGUUCUCGGAUUGCCAGGUGGCGGAAAGCAAUUGGAUAGGCGACGAAGUGGCAGAUACAUUAUGGAGCAUGGAUGGAUUGUGGCAGUUUAGGAAUUAAGCCAGAGUAGAUGGGUAUCUGGGGAGGCCUUGUUAGUGAUCUACAUAUGACUUUGCAAUAAUGAUGUAAUUAGUCUAUGACAUGGAUGACCUCAUGCUCUGGAUCUUUAUACUAAUAGGACAGAGAAUAGUAAUCAAUUAUGCAUUUUGAAGUU